CGAGCCGCCGGGGACAGCGGGGACAGCUCUCCCGCCGCCUUUGUGCGCGCUCGCCGCGGGGACCGCCCGCCCCGCACCGCUCCCGCCGCGCCGGGCUCUGCCCGCUCCCGCCUGGGCGGGUGCCCGCCGCUCCUCCGGCCGCCGGGGGUCCUGCCUCCGUCCCUCCCUUCCCGGGCAGGAUGGUGGACCUGGACAGCGAGGUGCCCCCGCUGCCCCCGCGGUACCGCUUUCGGGACUUGCUGCUGGGCGAUCAGGGCUGGCAGAGCGACGACAGGGUGCAAGUUGAAUUCUAUAUGAAUGAAAAUACAUUUAAAGAGAGACUAAAGCUCUUCUUCAUCAAAAACCAAAGAUCAAGUCUGAGAAUACGAUUAUUCAAUUUCUCUCUCAAGCUACUAAGUUGUUUCUUAUACAUAGUUCGUGUGCUCCUGGAUGAUCCUACACAAGGACUUGGAUGUAAGGAAUUAAAUCGGAGUUGUUCCACCAAUCAAAACUACACACCUGGAACGAUUGAUUGGUCUCCCAUUAUUUGGGUGAACCGAAGCUUACCUUUAUGGGGAUUACAGGUGUCUGUGGCUGUAAUAAGUCUCUUUGAAACUCUACUGCUAAGUUAUCUAAGCUACAAGGGAAAUAUCUGGGAACAAAUUCUGAGAAUACCCUUUCUCCUGGAAAUAAUUAAUGCUGUCCCUUUCAUCAUCACGAUUUUCUGGCCAGUCCUAAGAAACCUGUUUAUUCCUGUAUUUUUAAACUGUUGGCUGGCAAAGCAUGCUUUAGAGAAUAUGAUUAAUGAUCUUCACCGAGCCAUCCAACGCACACAGUCCGCAAUGUUUAAUCAAGUCCUCAUUUUAAUAUCCACCUUAUUAUGUCUUAUCUUCACUUGUAUUUGUGGAAUUCAGCAUCUGGAACGAGCAGGAAACAGGUUGACUCUCUUUGACUCCCUUUAUUUCUGCAUAGUGACAUUUUCCACUGUGGGCUUUGGGGAUGUUACACCCAAGAUAUGGCCUUCAAAGCUGCUUGUUGUCAUUAUGAUCUGUGUUGCUCUUGUGGUGCUGCCCAUUCAGUUUGAACAGCUGGCAUAUUUAUGGAUGGAGAGACAAAAGUCCGGUGGAAACUACAGUCGAUACAGAGCUCAGACAGAAAAACAUGUUGUGUUGUGUGUAAGCUCUCUGAAGAUUGACUUACUUAUGGAUUUCUUAAAUGAAUUCUAUGCUCACCCCAGAUUGCAGGACUAUUAUGUCGUUAUUUUGUGCCCUACCGAGAUGGAUGCUCAGGUGCGAAGGGUGUUACAAAUCCCAAUGUGGUCCCAAAGAGUUAUCUACCUGCAAGGCUCAGCACUAAAAGAUCAAGACCUGUUGAGAGCCAAAAUGGAUGAUGCUGAAGCUUGUUUCAUACUGAGCAGCCGCUGUGAGGUGGACAGGACAGCAGCUGAUCAUCAAACCAUUUUAAGAGCCUGGGCAGUUAAAGACUUUGCUCCAAAUUGUCCUUUGUAUGUCCAGAUAUUGAAACCUGAGAAUAAAUUCCACAUUAAGUUUGCAGAUCAUGUUGUGUGUGAAGAGGAAUUCAAAUAUGCUAUGCUAGCUCUAAAUUGUAUAUGCCCAGCUACUUCUACAUUAAUCACACUGUUGGUUCAUACAUCUAGGGGACAAACAGCUCCAUGGGAAGCUUUUAGACAACUAACUGGAACCAAGCAGACUUUAAACAGGGAGUGUCAGCAGUCACCAGAACAAUGGCAGAAAAUGUAUGGCAGAUGCUCUGGUAACGAAGUGUAUCAUAUUAACCUGGAAGAAAGUACUUUUUUUGCUGAGUACGAGGGGAAGAGCUUCACAUAUGCUUCUUUCCAUGCACAUAAAAAGUUUGGAGUCUGUCUGAUUGGUGUUAGAAAGGAAGAUAACAAAAACAUUUUGCUGAAUCCAGGUCCUCGAUAUAUCAUGAGUUCUACAGAUAUAUGCUUUUAUAUAAAUAUCACCAAAGAAGAGAAUUCUGCUUUUAAGAAGCAAGAAAAGCAUAGAAAAAACCACGAAUCAAAAUUAUCUUACCAUGGAGCUUCCAGGCUACCAGUACACAGUAUAAUAGCCAGCAUGGGGACCGUGGCUAUCGAUCUACAAGACACAGGAUGCCGAGCGUCCAGCGGAGCUACGCUGGCCCUUCCUCCUGACGGAGGGAAGGAGGGCAGACGGCCCAGCAUAGCACCAGUUUUGGAGGUUGCAGACUCAUCCUCACUUCAGACGUGUGACCUGCUAAGUGACCAGUCAGAAGAUGAAACUACCCCAUCAGAUGAUGAAGUCUCUGCAGGCUUAGAGUAUGCCAAAGGCUAUCCUCCUUACUCUCCAUAUAUUGGAAGUUCUCCCACAUUUUGUCAUCUUCUGCAUGAAAAAGUACCCUUCUGUUGUCUAAGACUGGAUAAGGGAUGCCAACAUAACUACUAUGAAGAUGCCAAAGCCUAUGGAUUCAAAAAUAAAUUGAUUAUAGUUGCAGCAGAAACUGCUGGCAAUGGCUUAUAUAACUUUAUUGUUCCACUCAGAGCUUAUUACCGACCAAAGAAAGAACUGAACCCCAUUGUGUUACUCCUGGAUAACCCGCCAGAUAUGCAUUUUCUGGAUGCAAUCUGUUGGUUUCCAAUGGUUUACUACAUGGUUGGCUCUAUCGACAACCUAGAUGACUUAUUAAGAUGUGGGGUCACCUUUGCAGCUAAUAUGGUGGUGGUGGACAAAGAAAGUACAAUGAGUGCUGAAGAAGACUACAUGGCAGAUGCCAAGACUAUUGUAAAUGUUCAAACACUCUUCAGGUUGUUCUCAAGCCUGAGCAUUAUCACAGAAUUAACUCACCCAGCCAACAUGAGAUUCAUGCAGUUCAGAGCCAAAGACUGCUAUUCUCUUGCUCUAUCCAAAUUAGAAAAGAAAGAGCGGGAGAAGGGAUCUAAUCUUGCAUUUAUGUUUCGACUGCCCUUUGCUGCUGGCAGGGUUUUCAGCAUCAGUAUGUUGGAUACAUUGCUUUAUCAGUCAUUUGUGAAAGAUUAUAUGAUUUCUAUUACAAGACUUCUGCUGGGACUUGAUACCACACCAGGAUCUGGGUUUCUUUGUUCUAUGAAAAUCACAGAAGAGGAUCUAUGGAUUAGGACAUAUGCCAGACUGUAUCAGAAACUUUGUUCUUCUACAGGAGACAUUCCAAUAGGAGUCUAUAGGACAGAAUCCCAAAAGCUUGCAACAUCCGAGUCCCGAGAAAUGGCUUCACAAUCUCAAAUCUCUAUCAGCGUGGAAGAAUGGGAAGACACUAAAGACACCAAAGAACAGUUUAGUUAUCGCGGUAACCAUCGGAACUCAACCUCCAGUGACCAGUCUGACCAUCCCCUGCUGCGACGGAAGAGCAUGCAGUGGGCGCGGCGGCUGAGCAGGAGAGCACCCAGGCACUCGGGGAAAACAGCAGAGAAGAUCAACCAGCAGAGAAUGAACCUUUACAGGAGGUCAGAAAGACAGGAGCUUGCUGAGCUCGUGAAAAACAGGAUGAAGCAUCUGGGCCUUUCUCCAGCAGGAUACGAUGAAAUGAAUGAUCAUCAGAACACCCUUUCUUACAUCCUGAUCAAUCCUUCUCCAGAUACAAGAUUAGAGCUGAAUGAUAUAGUAUACUUGAUCCGACCUGAUCCAUUGACUUAUGUUCCAAAUGCUGCACCCAGCCGAAAAGACAGCUUCUGCAAUACAGUGGGACAAGACACCAGGGAGGAAACACAACUUUGAUUUGUAAUUCAUCACAAAAUUAAGAGACAAUUUUAUACACAUGUUGUUUCCACUAACCAUUUUGAAAACUGAGUGGUAUAUUUUAUUCAGAUUUUGGAAACAAAAUGACAGUGGGUAAGUGACCAAAUGUAGAAAUGUGGUGCCUAGAAACUCUUAAUUUCAGGGAUUGUCAGGCUUGUGGCCUGUUGAGUAUGAUAGUUGAACUUUGUCAGCCUAACAGAAUUAUGACACCUGUUUGCUAUUUAACCAAUAUGAACAAAUGUCAGAUUUCAUCAUAUGUUUUGCUUAGAUGCUUCUAAGCGUAUUUAUCAAGGUGACAAGCAUGUCAGUGACUAAGCUUCUGAUCUACAUCAGAUUAUCUGAUGCCCAUAGAGAGACAAUGGAUAAUUUGUAGUAGAAAAUACAUUAAUACCUAAAGCUGCCAGCAAGGCUCUGCGUGUCAAGAAUUCAGUCUUUGAAAUAUUUUUCAAUCUCAGCCUGUCAUCCGUUUGUAUUAGAACAGGCUAGUUUAGGUCCCAUUUUAGCCUCCAGGACCUGAGCGUUAGUUCUUUGGGUUUACACAGAUCAGGUUGAAUGACAUAACCCAGUCGCUCCGCAGAGGUUGAGAUCUGAGACACAUCCACUGAAAGAGGAGCCCAGCUGGAGGAAAAUCCCUGUCAUCUCACACAGGCAGCCCCCCCAGACUUGCAAAAAACUGGGAAGGUACAAUCUGUGUGAAGCUGCAUACAAUGGUAGCUCAGGUGAAAUGUAAUCCUUUGAACCUUAGCGAGUUUGCCUAGAGAAGCCUGAAUAGAUAAUAAUACAAAAGUGAGAACAUCCCUCUAGGGAAUGAUUCCUACCGCAAGUCCUUUCCAUUUUCAUGAAUAUGCCAGAACUGAAACUGCCCAAAGCAUGUACAUGCCCAGUCAUCCAGAUUACCCAAAUGUGAUACAUUUUCAUAUGAAAUGAUGUAUCCCACUGAAAAUCAAAGAAAUUUUUAUCCCAUUCCAUAAAAUCAAUGUAAUUCCA